UGUCUUGUGUCAAAAUAAAAACCGCGCGAAAACAGCUGCUUUGGUUUGUUCGGCCCGUAUCACAGUGGUAUUUUGGUUGGAUUAGUGAUUGUAGUAAGAAUGUCUUCCAUAAAUCCUUCGGGAUUUUCCCCAAAAUUAAGUGAAAAUACUACCGAAAUAUCUCUUUUCGAUCCAGACACAAAAGAUUCUGGGUUUUCCGAGGAUCCAGUGGAACAUUUAGUAAAAUUUGAAGGUUCUCCUUUGAGUUUAUUGGAGGACCAUGAGGCAACCAUGAUUUUUUCGCCUACAGUGCCCGAUUCUACGCCAAAUAAAAAAGGCUCCAGUAAUAAAAAGAGACUAUUUCUAAGCCCAUCAAAUAGCCCUUCAUUUGCUAUCAGGGGAAGUUUAAAAAGACUGAGGAUUCUUAAUACAGCUGAAACGUUUAGUGAAUUGCCUCUUGAUUUCAAUGAUAAAAUUUUGCAAGAGCAUUCUGAUGAUGAGGAGGACAAUGUUGCCUCUUUGGAACUAAAAGAUAAGGUAAAGCUUGCUGUAGACAACAGUGAAGGUAAAAACUUAAUAGGAGAUUUUUCAAAAAAUUAUGCUUUGCCUGUUAUCUCUGGUUGCCACCCUGAUCUAAAAAGCAUCUCAAUUGAUACAAUGAAAGAUAUCUUACAGGGGAAGUAUGUUGAUAUACUGACAUCAUUUAUGGUCAUUGAUAGUAGAUAUCCAUAUGAAUUUCAUGGUGGCCAUAUAAAAGGAGCAGUAAAUAUAUAUACCAAAGAAAAUUGUUUAGAACUUUUAAACAAGCCAUUAAAACCUAAAAAUGAGAGACAUAUUUUAAUAUUCCAUUGUGAGUUUUCCAAGGAGAGGGGACCUAAAAUGAUUAGGAGUUUAAGACGGGAAGACCGCAUAAAAAAUGCCCAAAACUACCCAGCACUCAACUAUCCAGAAAUCUAUGUCCUAGAGGGAGGAUACAAAAAAUUCUAUCAGACUUAUAGUACUUUCUGCGAGCCUGAUGGGUAUAAACAAAUGCUACAUCCGGGACACUCGGAUGAAAUGAGAUUUUUUAAGAAAAAAAGUAAGUCAGAAGUUCUCCUAAAAGCCAGUAAAAACCAUCCCAGAUCAACAGCGGUAAGGAAAUUUUUAUCAAAUGAGUUUUUCUAAUCCGAUUGUGUAUGUCUUUGUGUAUUUUUAAAAUUUUCUGACCAGAACUGUUUUGUAUAUUUUAUGUUGACUAUUUUGAUUUUUAUUUUGAUAUUUGCAUUUAUAAGUUCCUAUAAUUAAGUUCUAUGCUAAAAAAAUGCCAGAAAAGGUUUGACUGUUUGUAAUAUAAAAUUGUUUUUUUAAGGAGUGGGCCAAAACGAAUGUACUAUUAGAAGGAUAUAGAGGAUUUUUUUAAAGUGUUACAAAAUUUAAUCUCUUAUUAACUAAUACUCUAUAUAUUUUUAAUAGUUAUUCCAGUCCAAUUUAAACCACCCUGUAUAUAUAGUAAUGGUAUAAUAAUUGUUUGACCAAAAAUGUGUAUUAAAUUCUUAUUAUUAUUAUUUUAAGAACUUUAGUAUCAGAAUAGGGUAUUUUCCUUUUUAAAUGUUACUGUAAAACUACAGCCUUAACUCCAUUUAAUGCAAAAAUGAAUCAGUUUUUUUUACUGGUAUUAGGCUGUAUUUUUUUUUUAAUCAAAUAUAGAAUAUUGUUGUCUUCUGUGACUAUGUUUUUAAAUCUCUCUCUCUCUCUUUCAUUUUAUGUCUUGAAUUAAAAAAAAAAGUUAUUCUUUAUUUAGGAAUGAAAAGCUUAUUAAAAAUCUAGAAUAAAUCUAGAAUAAUAAUAAUAAAAUAAUGUGGAAGUAACGAGAUAUCUGCAAUUUUAAAAUCUUAUUAUGUAACUCUUUUAUUUAUAAUUUUAAAUGUCAUUUAUAGCUUAAUGUAAGAAAAAAUAUAUAAUCCAUUAAGCUUCCACAGCCAGUUUUUUAGCUAUAAUCCAUUAAUGGACUUAAGGGCCGUGUAUAUUUUUUCCUUUUACUCUUUCUUUUGACUAUCUCCAGUGUUGAAAGCAUUGUCUACUGCAAUCUACGUUUAGCACUUUGGACAUUUAUUCAGUGUUGUGAGAUCUUAAAAAGUCACAUAAUGGACUUUCAAAUUCAAAAUACAAAUGUAUAAUAAACACAUUCUCUAGAUUAUCUUUUUCUAACAUCUAAAUCAUAUAUUUCAACUUUGGUCGACGAAACUGUGUGUGCUAAGUGAAAGUGACAUGCUAAUUAAUUUAUAGUAUAAACUGACUAAUAAAUUAAUUAUGGAAAAGACGAUAAUCCAAAAAAGAUUCUAAAAGAUUUAAAAAAGACAAAAGUUGUACCGAAAUCCUACUUUUUUUAUAUUUCUAUAAAAAAUAUAUAAAAUAAAUAGACACAAACCCGAAACAUUUAAAAUGUAUUUUACUUAUGUACCAAAAAUUAAUUUUAAUUGUCACCAAUAGUUCCUCUAUAAAAUACCCCUAUAAUUUUACACUUGAGUUACUUUAGCACUUUAACCCAAUACUUAACUUAAAUUUCAUACGUCUGAGUAUCGAUUUGUGGCAACAAAUUUGUUGUUUGAACAUUUUUUUAAGUAGUAGUGUAUUUACAUUUUUUUUCUAUUUUGUUAAAACGGUUCUAGUUUUCAUAAUGGCAUUAAUUAUUUCGUGUAAGUGACUAAGACAUAAUAAGUCAAGUUGAUGAAAUAAACACAUCAUGUCCAAAAUAUAAUCACGAUAACUCACUUUUUUAAUCAUUUUUCGAGUAAAUAAUAUUAAAUUUUUUUCUAUGGGUAUGCGAAAACGUACUCGUUUCCGCACACAUUUCCGUAUAAAAAUGGAAUAUUGAAAAACACUCGGCUCUCUGGUCUAAAAAAAUGGGCCAAAAAAAAUUUUUUUUCUAUACUUUAUUAUAUCGGAAAUAAAAAGUAAGAUUAUAUUUUCUAAAUUAAGAUCUAAAAAAUCAUGGAAGAUCUCACUAGUGUUCCGUCAAGGUAUGUUCUGGAUAAAACAAAUCACUUUUAAACAACUUUUAGUUCAUUUCAUGAAUUGGAGAAUCUUCUAUUUCUCUUAGCUUUCAACUUUUGCGUAAAAAAUUGUUUAUAAUUAUGUUGUAUUACUAAUAGCAAUUCCCAAAUUAUGACUGUUUUAGUCAAAAAGUUUCAUAAUAAUAUAGUUCUAAAGAAAAUACAUUUUUUUCUAGUCCAUGCUUGAUAAUUCUUUCAAAAAUUUCGUCUAUCAUAGCUGGCACCUUAUAAAAGUCUCUUAUGAUUAUUAUUUAAAGCAGAUAAUCUUUUGUUAAUCGAUAGAUUAGUACUAUUUUUUAAUGCUAGUUAUGCAAGGUUAUAUGUGGGAAAAAGUUCGUAUUUUCAUAGUGAUAUUAAAAUACUGUCAAGGAAUUAAUAAAAAAUGUUUUUAUACAUUUGGAAUGACAAAUUAUAUGUAUAAUGUUAAUAUAAUUUCCUCGAUAAAUGAAAAAUAAAAAAACUUCAACGUAGAUCAGAAAAGUAUACCAUCCACAGGAAAUAAAGAAUACCUUGGUAUUCUUGAUUUCCAUAUGGCAUUUUCGUCAUCAUUAGUUCAUUCUUAAUUGCCAAAUUUCAUACGACCUUGCACAUUCUUUUCUUUUCAUAGUUAAGUUUUAAUUUAAUAUAAAAUAUUUUUAUUUGUCCACUAUUAUUUUAAUUUAGGAAGUUUAGUGAGCUAGAGUAUUAAUUUUUAAUUAUGUACUGGUUUCUUCUCAAGCAAACUAAUAAUACAACAUAAAAACUAGUAUUAUUACGCCCCUACUAUUUACUAAAAGAUAAGUAUUUUUGUGCUGUUCAAUCAAUGUUUUGCUUACU